AUGGACACUCUUCCUGUGGAGAUCAUCCUCACCAUUGGGAGUUAUGUCUCCGACCUAAAGGACAGGCUCCAAUUACUGCAAGUCUGCCGACGUUGGCGAGCCCUGUUCCUCGAGGUAGCAUACAGCCACGUCUCUAUCAAUGGGUCUCAGAUCCGGCCCCUGACGAAAGUCGUCCUGGCCAACCCGCACAUAGGACCGGCCAUCCGUGAUUUAUCAGUCAAAUGGUGGGAUUCUUACCUUGACUCCCAAACGCAAAGUCCAAGUGAUGAUCCCCUGCUGGAACGAGCGGAGGAGCUCGUAGGGCAAAUCAGCGAGUCGCUGGAGGAGCGAAAAGACUGGGCUGAGCAUCUCCGCGGUGGAAAUCAGGAAGCAUGGCUUGCUCUUCUUCUUGCCUCGGUACCGAAUCUGACCGCGCUGUCUGGGCAAUAUUGUGGAGACGCACCGAGAGUGACGCGGGUUGUGUCGCGGGCUGCCCGCAAGGAACCGCCGUUCGACACCAGGCCGGCCCUGCAGCGGUUAAAGACGCUCUACAUCUCCAACGAGGAUCAUAAGGAAGUCUAUCCGCAUUGGCAGUUCCUGCCAUUCUUCUAUUUACCCUGCAUCAGGAACGUGAGGUUGAGCGCUGUGAAAGAAACUAGAGAAUGGUGCAGACCGGACGACCCGGCCGUGUGUUGCGCGUCAGGCACGGCGCCCGUGGAAUCGCUGUCUCUGGAAUACCACUGCAAUGGGAGAAAAGGAAUGGCGGAGUUUAUCACCUCGUGCGCCAACCUCAAACAGUUCAAAUACCAGCAUGACCACCAGGAGAUCUGGGGGGAGUCAUACAUCGACUUUCAGCCCCGGAAGUUCUACAGGGCGCUGCUGACGCAGAAGCACAGCCUCGAGGUCCUCCAUCUGAGCGACAGCGGGGACGUGGACGGGGCCGGUGGAGAUGACCUGAGCGACGAUGAGAAGGAUGACGGCCCUCAGGCGUAUGACCGGUGGUUUGGAUCUCUGGUGGAAUUCAGCCAGCUACGGGAUCUUCGCAUCCGCGUCCAGAACCUUCUCAACUACCACGACCGCGAUAAAGAGGAAUCCGUCAUGCUCAAGGACAUUCUACCUCCACGCUUGAGGUCGCUACACGUGGCUGAAUGCCUGGUGACACACUGCACGUUGCUCGUGCCGAAUCUGCAAGGUGUCCUGGCUCAUCGCAAGGAGCAGUUCCCUAACCUAGAACAAAUCUCUAUCUCUCCUGGGGUAGCCGAAUUUGUACCUGAAGACCAGAACACGAGUGUCUAUCAACGUCAAGCUCGGAUUCCGGAAUCAUUCAAGGACAUGUUUGUGCCAGUCAAGGAGAUGUGUGACCGAGCAGGUGUAAAAUUCGAAAUGACGCUGGGUGGGUCGUAUCACAUAGUCAGUGAUACCCCAUUCUUCUAG